AUGACAGAGCAAGAAGCCCUCGCCACUGAGCCGAGGGUUCCCAUCACGUUCACGCAUCAUGGCAAACAGCACACACUUGACAUGCUCCCCGAUGCGACCCUGACCGACCUCUCCAACGAAAUCCAAAAUGUCCUAUACAUCCCGACCGACAAGCAGAAACUCAUGGUAUCGAAGCUGGGCAUGCUCAAGGCGCCCUUUGGUGACCGUCCUGUCACCGACCUGGAAAGCAAGAAGAUCACGCUCCUCGGGACGUCCAGCGACGAGAUCGCAUCUCUCAACGCAGCCUCCCAGAGCGCUGCAGCGCGCGAAGUCCACCUCGCCUCCGCGCGUCGCAACCUUCCGAAGGUGUAUUCGCGCCGCGACCCGAUGCGCGCGCAGGAGGAGAGCCAGUACACAUUUAUGACGCUGCGCCCGCUGCCGAACCUACCGAACCCGCAGCGCUCGCUCGCCUUUCUCGAGCGCUUGAAGGCCGACCCGGGAAUCCGCACUGCGAUGCGCGCACACAAGUUCAGUGUCGGCCUGCUGACCGAGAUGGACCCGCUGUCGUACACCGAGUCUAGCCACGAGGGCACAACGCGCAUUCUGGGCUUGAACAGGAACAAAGGCGAGGUCAUCGAACUGCGGCUACAGACAGAUGCCUACGAUGGGUACCGUGACUACAAGACCAUCCGCAACACGUUGUGUCAUGAGCUGGCCCACAACGUCCACGGGCCGCACGAUCGCCAGUUCUGGGACUUGUGCCAUCAGAUCGAGCGCGAGGUCUCGAAGGCGGACUGGAAGAGCGGUGGGCACAGCGUGGAUGAGAGUGAGUUCUACGAGUCUAGCGAGGAGGUCGCUUACGAUCACGGCGGCUGGACGGGUGGCGAGUUCGUGCUUGGUGGAGGAGGAUCCUCCGGUGCUGGUGCGAGCGCUGGUGGAGGUGCCUUGAGUCGGCGCGAGAUCAUAGCCAAAGCCGCCGAAGAGCGGAUGAAGAAGCAGAGACAAGCAAAGGGCGAGUCAGGCGAGGAGGCCUCUGGGUCAAGAGACACUUGA